AAUAAUCUGAUCCUUUUUUUCGCACAUAUGAAAAAGUAAAAAAACCGAAUGCGGCGACCGCGAUGAACGUUGACAAGGAACAAUCCGAUUGCAACCUUCCAGAACUUUCUCCACCGUCCAUGGAGAAACCUGCACCGGAGCCGGCGCCGGAACCGUCACAGCAACCACCGAGAGAGUCUACUGCUCCGACGCCGUCCAUGACGCAGAUUAAACAGCCGCCGUCUCUGACGCAGGUGAAACAGCCGCCGUCUCUGACGCAGGUGAAACAGCCGCCGUCUCUGACGCAGGUGAAACAGCCGCCGUCUAUUGAUCCCAGUGCGCUCUUUAGCGGCGGCGGUAUUAGCUUUCUGACUGGAAACAAAAAUGCUAAAUUCAGCUAUGGAUAUGCUACUUUUAAGGGGAAACGGGCCUCCAUGGAGGACUACUAUGAGACAAGCAUAUCAGAAGUUGAUGGUCAAAUGGUGGCAUUUUUUGGUGUUUUUGAUGGACAUUGGAAGAGCAAGUGCUGGAUACUUUCAGCUUCAUUACAUAGGGGACAUUUGAGGCUAACAUUUAUUUCCCACUUUACAAGUCAUGGUGGUUCAAGAACAGCAGAAUACUUAAAGAACAACCUCUUUAAGAAUUUGAGUAGUCAUCCUGAUUUUAUCAAAGAUACAAAGUCAGCUAUAGUUGAAGCAUUUAAGCAGACUGAUGUCGAUUACCUUAAUGAAGAAAAAGGCCAGCAAAAAGAUGCCGGUUCAACAGCGUCAACUGCUGUUCUUUUAGGUGAUAGAUUGCUUGUCGCAAAUGUGGGGGACUCUAGAGUCGUGGCUUGCAGAGAUGGUUCAGCUAUUCCUUUGUCCAUUGAUCACAAGCCUGACAGAUCAGAUGAGCGCGAAAGGAUAGAACAGGCCGGUGGUUUCAUUAUCUGGGCAGGUACAUGGCGUGUAGGUGGGGUCCUUGCUGUUUCUCGUGCAUUUGGAGAUAAAAUGCUAAAGCCAUAUGUUGUGGCAGACCCAGAGAUUCAGGAAGAAGAAAUUGAUGGUGUACAAUUUUUGAUAGUUGCGAGUGAUGGGCUUUGGAAUGUCCUCUCUAACGAGGAGGCCGUGACCAUUGUGCAGGACAUAAAAGAUGCUGAGGCAGCUUCACGUAAGCUUAUUGAAGAAGCUUAUUCAAGGGGGAGUUCAGAUAACAUCACCUGUGUGGUUGUUCGAUUUGAAAGCACAUGAAUGGACCUUUUAAGGUCUGCCUACCUUUCCUUUACUUACAAACAUAAAGAAAAACCAAAAAGACGCGAAACUUUCUCCUCGUUGUUUUGCAACAGACUUGAGCAUUAAAAAUGAUGUUUGUCGUCAAUGCUACUCAGUCUGCAGAUAAAAGAUCCUGAAGUGAGGAUGUAGGCCUUGUAACUAGCUUAUUUUUCCAACUCUUCCAUUCUUCUGUUGAUCAUUAAAUUAUUCGGGUGGUCAUGUCAGUUGAAGUAGUGAUCAUGAGGAUUUCUAUGGAUACUCUCCGCUUAUAGACUUGUAAUGUUGCCUUCAAUUGUUAUGUGAUGAUGAUGAAGUGUAAAUCACACUGGCAUAGUUUCUUCUUCUCUAUUUACAUACAUCUAUUAUUGUAGGUGUUCUCUAUUUCACUUGGCCUACUUAGAAUUCGUAAUCCAGUAUUUGUUAACGUUGUAUUCUCCUAACUUUGUUACUCAUGGGACUAUAGUGAUUAUGUUUACUGGUACUUUCUUUGA